CUGUAAAUUAAUUUCCAUCCCUUUGAAAUCAAAACUCUCAUUAAAGCGACGAUCUUUCCUUUUUUUUUCAAAACUCAAUGGCUGAAAUAGUUGUUAGCGCCGUCAUCACAGUGCUGUGUGAGAAGCUGAUCUCCGGUGACUUGAUGAAGCUGGCUCGAUCGGAAGGGAUCGAUUCUCAGCUGAAGAAAUGGAAGAAAAACCUGCCCCUGAUCCAAGCCGUGCUUGCUGAUGCAACCCAGAAGGAGAUUAAAGAGAAAGCUGUUCAACUGUGGGUGAACGAUCUUCAGGAUUUGGCUUACGACAUAGACGAUGUACUCGACGAUUUGGCCACCGAGGUUAUGCGACGCAAGUUGAAUCAGGAAGCGCAUGCCACCACCAGCAUUGGUAAGGUAUGGAAGUUCUUCCCAAAUUGCUGUACUAAAUUCUCUCCUCGUAACAUUAUGUAUGGUCGGAAGAUGAGUUCAAAGCUAGAUAAGAUCACUACCAAAUUGCGUGAUCUUGUUGUCCAGAAAAAUGACCUGGGUUUGAAUGUGACUGAUGAAAGGUCAACUCUAGAGAGACGGCUUGAGGAAAAUUCACUGGUUGAUGAGUCCAAAAUCAUGGGUCGGGAAGGGGAUAAAGUGACAUUGAUGGGUAAGUUGUUAGGUUGUGAAGAAUGUGAUGAAAAUGUGAGCGUAGUGUCGAUAGUUGGAAUGGGUGGGAUAGGAAAAACCACUCUUGCCAAAGUUUUAUACAACGAUGAGAAAGUGAAGGAUCACUUUGAGCUCAGAGCGUGGGUUUGUGUUUCUGAAGAGUUGGAUGUAUUUAACAUUAGCAAGGCUAUUUUUCAAGCAGUAACCGGGAAAAACAAAGAUUUUGCUAAUCUAGAUCUGCUUCAUGUGGCCCUCAAAAAAGAACUUUCAAAGAAGAGGUUCCUACUUGUUCUGGACGAUGUCUGGAACGAAGACCACAAAAAGUGGGAACUCCUCCAAAGCCCUCUUCUUGCAGGGGCACCUGGAAGUAGAAUUAUUGUCACAACCAGGAGUACCAGGGUUGCAUCGGUGAUGGACUCACAAGAAACUUACCCUCUGGACGUUUUGUCAAAUGAAGAUGGUUUAUCAUUAUUUGCUCAACACGCAUUAGGUGAAAAAAGCUUUGACAAACAUCCAACACUUAAGUUGCUUGGUGAAGGUAUGGUUCAGAAAUGUGGUAGAUUGCCUUUGGCUUUGAAAGCACUUGGGAGGAUCUUGAAGGGAAAUAGGAAUGGUGAUAAAUGGCAGGAGUUGUUGAAGAGUGAGAUAUGGGAUAUAGAGGAUGGAAGUGAUAUUCUUCCGGCUCUAAGAUUAAGCUACUAUCACCUCCCUCCACAUCUGAAGCAGUUGUUUGCAUACUGCUCCUUAAUUCCCAAAGACUAUGUGUUUGACAAGAAUAAGUUAGUCCUAUUGUGGGUGGCAGAAGGAUUUUUGUCCCAAUCAAAAGGAAACAAGUCAAUGGAGCGUUUAGGUCAUGAGUAUUUUGAAGAGCUAAAGUCAAGGUCCUUUUUUCAACUUUCAACGGAUGACGAAUUAGGAUACACAAUGCAUGACCUGAUAAAUGAUUUGGCCACAAGUGUUGCAGGAGAGUUUUCCUUUAGAUUGGAUGGUGAGGUGGAUGUAUCUGCCAUGAAUGAAACUUUUGAUAAGUUUCUUCACUUCUCACUUAUAGGUUCAGGAUCUAGAUCAUUUAGAAAGCUCAAGGAAUUACAAAGAGCUAAACGUUUGCGAACUGUCUUACUAAUCUCAGUACCUUGGGAAAUUGGUAGCUUAUUGGACGAAUUACUUCCUGAACUACAGUUCCUGAGGGUGCUAAGUGUCGUGGGCUUGAAUCCCAGUGAUUACCAGAAUCCAUUGGUAGCUUAUUGGCGAGAAGGUAUUUUUUCAAUCAGAUGGAUACCAGAAUCCAUUGGUAGUCUCAAGCAUCUACGGUAUCUUAAUUUUUCUUUUACUGAUAUCAGAUGUUUGCCAGAACAAGUGAGUGACCUUUAUAAUCUACAGAGUUUGUUGGUUCAGGAUUGUUAUGAGUUAUCAAGCUUGCCAAAAAGUUUUGCAAAGUUGAUAAACCUUCGACAUUUUGGAAUAGAUAAUACUCCAAAGGUGAUCAAGUUGCCCUUAGGAAUUGGUGGCUUGACGAGUCUACAAACUCUAUCCAAGGUCAUGAUUGAAGAAGCCAACGGGUUCAAAAUAUCAGAUCUUAAGGAAUUAUCGGAUCUUCAAGGUCAGCUUUUCAUUAUUGGUCUGGACAAAGUGAUAAAUCCAAUCCAUGCAAAGGAUGCCAAUUUACAUCAAAAGAAGGGUCUUGAAGUUUUGGAGAUGGAAUGGAGUGAUAAUGUGUUUGAUGAUUCUCGGGAUGAGACGAUUGAAUAUGAAGUACUUGAAGAACUAAGGCCUCCUCCUAAGUUAAAAAUCCUCAAGAUUUUGUAUAACAAGGGAACGAGAUUUCCUAGUUGGGUCGGGGAUCCCUCGUUUGAUGAGUUAACAGAGCUUACAUUAUGUGGUUGUAGAAGUACACAGUUACCAACACUUGGAUGUUUACGGUCUCUUAAGAAAUUGUUUGUUGAAAGCAUGAGUGAAGUGAAGAGUGUGGGUUUUGAGUUUCUUGCACCUGUAAGUUCUUUUAUUGGCAUUGGAUUUCCAUGGCUUGAAGUUCUGGAAUUUUAUGAUAUGGAAGGUUGGAAGAGAUGGUCGAUUAAUAAUGGCAAUGAACAUGGAACUCCUAGUUCUUUUCCUCGUCUUCAUGAGAUCUCUAUUAGAUAUUGUCCAGAACUAGCUGAUGUGUCAAUCGGAUUGAUACCUUCACUUCGGGUUUUAUAUAUUGAAGAAUGUUCCGAAGCAGUGUUAAGAAGCAUGGUUGGUUUGUCCUCGUCACUUGUUAAAUUGGAUAUUUUGGAUGUUAAAGGACUUACCCGACUACAUGGAGAAGAUUUAAUGCAUCUUAGGGCACUUGAACAUCUGUACAUUGAAAAAUGUGAUGAACUGAGAUACUUGUGGGAACGAGAAUCAGAGGCAUGCAAGAGUCUUGUGAGUUUACAGAAGCUGGAAGUAUAUGAUUGUAAAAAGUUGGUUUCAUCAGCCGAGAAAGAGGUUAAUUUUGGGAAGAGCAUGAAAUCUCUUAAAGAAGUGAAGUUUAGUGUUUGUGAGACGCUGGAGAGUUACAGUUGUCCAAAUAGUGUUGAGAGGUUGGUGAUCAACAGUUGUGAUUCAAUGAUAUCCUUGACCUUCUCAGCAUUGCAGGAGCAGCCAUCCGGUAUCACUGAAUUGAUCGUCAGUGAUUGUGAUAACAUACAGUUACAACCCAAUCUCAUUCCAGUCACAGAUUGUGGUUUUCUCCCCAUGUCUCGCCUAAUAUCUCUUGAUAUCAGUGAUUGCAAGAAUCUAAAGUCAUUUCCUCAUGAGCAUUUUCAAAGUCUCACAUCUUUGGAAGAAAUGUAUAUAAAUGAAUGUCCAAGUAUGGACUACUCCUUCCCUUGUGGGGUGUGGCCUCCUAAUUUAAGGAUGCUCUUAAAAACACAAACACACAAACUUCCCAACUUGAACAGUUUAUUUAAUAUAAACCAGUUCGAUUAUACAUCAACUUACACCAGAAAUCUCACUACAAUCACACUCACUCUCGGAUGA